AUGAGGGGGGUCCCACAGCUGGACGGUCACCAGUGUAAGACUCCAGCCCCAUGUCCUGACCUGGAGCCCGGACCUCUGUGCCCCCUCACCAAGCCUGAGACGCCCCAUGCCAAAACCUCGGUGGAGGACACUCGGGGCGGUGGAGGACACUUGGAGCACCUGUAUUCGCGGGGGCGGCACGUGGCCAACUGGCGUUUCCCCAAGCCCAUUGCCAGAGACCUUCCUUGUUCAUCUGUGCGCAGUGAAGAGACCACAACGAAAGUGUCACACCGAAUGAAACGAAGUUGUUUCGUGGUGACCGAUGACUUUAUUGAAAGGGGAUUUUGCCGUAGGAAGUUAGCAGAAGCCUGGACGGGCCGUGCCAUCAGAUCUUGCACUGGCAGCAGAUGGGGACACAGCAGCUGGACUGGGAGCAGCAGGGGACACAGCAGCUGGACUGGGAGCAGCAGGGCUUACAGCAGCUGGACUGGGAGCAGCAGGGUUUGCAGCAGCUGGACUGGGAGCAGCAAACGGGGACACAGCAGCAGGACUGGCAGCAGGGUGACCCACAGCCUGAAGAGCAGCAGCACGGUUUGCAGCAGCUGGACUGGGAGCAGCCACAGGAGCCACAGCCCCCCUUGGAGCCCCCACAGGAGCCACAGCCCCCCUUGGAGCCCCCACAUGAGCCACAGCCUCCCUUGGAGCCCCCACAGGAGCCACAGCUGGAGCAGGAACAGGCUGGCACACAGCAGCACACGGGCUUGCAGCAGCAGACGGGGACACAGCAGCCGGAGCCGCAGCCCCCACAGCCGGAGCCACAGCCCCCACAGCCGGAGCCGCAGCCCCCACAGCCGGAGCCACAGCCCCCACAGCCGGAGCCACAGCCCCCACAGCUGCAGCCCCCACAGCUGGAGCCGCAGCCCCCACAGCCGGAGCCGCAGCCCCCGGAACAGCCACAGCAGCCCAUGGUUCUGGUGGGUUGAGGGUGGAGCAGCUCCUUCCAUCCGCAGCUGCCGUGACAUCCCGCUCGUGGUGGCCUGUGCAACGCCCGGUACUUGCCACCUGCUCAGAGCUAUGACGGCGGAGCUCGAGCUGUGA